AUGUCCCAGAAAGAUUUGAGGAGUAGAACUGUAAGGGUAAAUUUUGAGGAGGAAAUGGAUCUAGGCUCCAGGGAAGAAUCCCCAGAAUUAGCCGAAUGGGUGGGAGAGAGAAGCGAAUUAGUGCCGAUAGGGGAAGAAAGUCAGGCACAGUAUGGUCAGGAGGUCGUUGAAACGGAGGUCCCGGACCCACCUCAGAACACCCCUGAAGAAGGAAGUGGUAGUAGUGAAAAUGGUAGUUCAGAACCCUCCAUGAAAGAUAUAAUGGCUUUGAUGCAACAGUUAUUAGUACAAUCAGUUGAAGAAAUGAAAGAAAAUUCGAAAGAAAUUCAGGAACAAGCCCAAGAGAAGGCAGACAGAAAGUUUGAGGAAAUGAAGGAAGAACAGAGACAGGCCCGAGCAAAUUCAGGUAAACAAGUUCAGGAGAUGAGGGCAAACUUAGAGAAACAAGCUCGAGAAACUAGGGAAAACACCCAUCAGCUAGUACAGGAAAUAAAGGGGGAGGUACAUCAGGCCCGGGAACAAUCAGAGAGGCAACUUCAGCAAGUUCAAGAAAAUUCAGAUAGGCAAUUUCGAGAAAUGAAGGAGGGGCAGAAGCAGUUGAAGGAAGAUUUACAAAAGGGCAUAGAGCAGGCCAUGUUACAGUGCCGUCAGGCGAACGAGGCAUUAAGGCAAGAAUUGUCAGAGAAAGUUGAUAAGGAAAUCAAAGAAGUUAGUAAGGAAAUUUCCAGAACAAGAAAAGAGGUCAGGCAGUGCGAAAAUAUGGUAGAAAGAGAACUAAGUGGAGCCAGACAAGAAUGUGAAAAAGAGAGGGAAGAAAGAAAUUUGAAAAUUCAACAAUUGUCAGAGUAUCAAGACUCGGAAAUUUUUAAAGUACGACAGACUGUCACGGAAGUUCGAGAAAGCAUAGGCGCCGAAAAUGCUGAAAUUCGUAGUACUAUUGUGACAGUAGAGGAGAAUGUGAACACACUUCAAGAGAGGGUAGAUAACGAAUUGUUAUAA